AUGGAUGCUUCCUCGGUUCCACCAAAGGUAGAUGAUUAUGGAAUGUAUACAACUGAAAUUUCACAUCAUAACCCAAUAGAGUUGAAAAAUCUGCUAUCAUCAUCAGACUCCAGAAGAAAUUCUCAAGAUGAAGAUAGUCUACCUAACAAUACAAACUUAAUCAAAGAAAUUGACUGGCAGGGCGAGAAAGUUAAAACAUAUCCACUAAACUAUCAAACUGUACCACUAGUAAAGCUGCAGGUGAUAGCAUGCUUGAUUAUGUUCGUAGUCUUUGGUAUGAACGAUCAAACAGUAGGUGCACUACUUCCUACGCUAAUUGAAUACUAUCAUAUAUCGCGGGUAGAUGUCUCAAACGUAUUUAUAGUCCAAUUAUGUGGUUAUGUGAUGGCGUCUUUAUCAAAAGAGAGAUUGAAUAAGCACUUUGGUAUGAGAGGUGGUAUGCUUCUAGCAGCUGGUUUGUGUAUAGUAUUUCUUAUCAUUUUAGCAACUGCACCUUCUAGUUUCUAUGUUUGUAUGUUUUGUGGCCUUCCUCUUGGUUUAGGGAUCGGCAUCUUAGAUUCUACCGGUAAUGUUUUAAUGGGCAGUCUUUUAGUCCAUAAGAAUGAACUCAUGGGUAUCAUGCAUGGUCUUUACGGGGCAGCAGCUAUGGUUACUCCUCCCUUAGUUUCAUAUUUUGUUGAAUGGGGUCAUUGGUCUCUUUUUUUCCUUAUUCCUCUGUUCUUUUCUAUAAUAGGCAUGAUUGUAAUCUUCCCAGCUUUUAAAUUUGAAACUGCAAGUAAAUACGACUACCUCUGCUCUGUGGAAAACAAAGAAAGCAACAAUGAUGUGGAAGAAGCGGGUGAUAACUCGCUGAUGGAAUCUACCAAGGCGAGCCCAGGAUUUUUUGAACUUUUAAGAAAUCCUGCUAUUUUCUUGUACUCAUUGUAUUUGUUCCUUUACUUAGGUGCUGAAAUUACAACUGGUUCAUGGUUCUUUAGUUAUUUAUUGGAAACUAAAUCAAGUAAUAAGGUUGCUAUGUCAUACAUAGCGGCAUCGUUUUGGACAGGUUUGACUGUAGGCAGGUUGUGUCUAGGAUUUGUUACUGAAAGAUUCUUCGAAAACGAGUAUAAAGCAAGCAAAGCGUACGCUUUUUUAACUCUAUCUUCAUACACCUUAUUUGUGCUUGUUGGGUUGAUCAAUUCAAGCUCAGUUUUCUAUUUCGUCGUGUUAUUUUUUGUUGUUUUUUGUUGUGGUACGUUUAUCGGACCAUUAUUCCCAAACGCAAGUAUAGUUGCAUUACAAGUAUUGCCCAAAAGACUACAUGUGAGCGGGGUUGGGGUUGCCGUCGCCGUUGGUGGUUGUGGUGGUGCAGCCAUUCCAUAUUUGGCUGGAGUUAUUGCACACACAGUGGGAAUCCAGUAUAUCCCACUAUUGUGUUGGAUUAUGGUUGCGUUAUUUACAUUGGAAUGGACAUUGUAUCCUAAAUUCAUAAAAGGGCAUGAAGAAUAUUUUUAG